UUGAGCUUUUGUAAACAGCAGAACGCGUCAGUUGAGACUUAAGUUUAUUUCACAAAACGGUAGUUAAGCAGAUAACUUAAGCCAUAAAUGAACACUUUUUAGGACAAGAGAUGAAGUAAGGAACAUUCGUACUGUACAACUUUUCCUUUUGGUUUUAUUUUCGCAGCUUUACUCAGACAAUACAUAUAUGCGAAUGGCCCGUUUCGUGUUUGCCUCGCUGAAUCAGAUGGUUACCUUUGCGGAACGCGAUUGGAUGAACGUCAUCGAUCAUGAGGACCGGCAGCACUUCUCGAUUGGUGCGCUUGCUGAAAGGCGUGGCUUCGAUGCUCACACAUUGGUGCGUUUGCUGGAAGGCGUGGUUUGUGGCCGUGCAACCCGGAAAAAGAAGGGCAGUGCAUGCUGCAGUGUGCCGCAGUCUUAAAAUGGCUGGAGCUGGAGGUGACAAGCCCCUCGCCGAGGCCGGCCCGAGCCCUUUAUCUCGCGUGCUGAGAAUCAGUCAGCUGGACGCUUUUGAACUGGAUGGCGCCCUGGAACAUCUCAUUUGGUCACAGUUCUCCCGGUGUUUCCAGCAUUUUAAGCCGGGCCUCUUGACCCCCGCGGAGCCGGAGCUCAAAGCCCUCCUCCAGCUCCUCCUGUGGAGGUUCACGGUCUACUCCAACAGCGCCACCGUGGGACAGGCUCUGCUAAACAUCCGCUACCGGAACGCGCUGAUCCCUGGCCAGAGGUACAGGCCCAUGAGCCGGCAGCAGAAGCUGUGGUUUGCCUUGCUGACGGUGGGCGGGAAGUGGCUGAGGGAGCGCUCCCACAGCCUGUUACUCCUGGGCCGGCCUGCGGACACCGGCGUCCGAAAAGCUCGUGGGACUUUGGCCUUGAUUGGCGGCCUGGCCAAAGCGGCCAGCUUGUUCAAUUUCUUGCUGUUCCUCCAGAGCGGCACCUUCCCUGCCCUGACGGAGAGGCUGCUGGGGGUGCAGCCUGUCUUCAGCCGACCCCAGGGACCCAGGGACAUCAACUUCCAGUAUAUGAACCGUGAGCUGCUUUGGCACGGCUUUGCAGAGUUCCUCAUCUUCUUGCUGCCACUGGUCAACACGUGGAAGCUGAAGGCUAACGUUUCUGCACUCUUCUCCCUGUCGGAUAAGACAAAAGGUGGCACGGCCGCAGAAACGUCCAGCCAAAUGGAGUGUGCCGUUUGCGGAGAAUGGCCCACCAUGCCCCAUUCCAUCGGCUGCAGCCACGUCUUCUGCUACUACUGCGUCAAAAGCCACACCAUGGCCGACAUCUUCUUCACAUGUCCCAAAUGCAGCGCAGAACUGGUGACCGUACAGCCAGUCAAACUCCAGAUAGAACUGACUGAAAUGCAUCCGAGCUGACUUCCAUAACAUGCUCAUGCUACAAACAGAAGUGAUUGAUUUGGCUUUUUUGGAGCCUGUCAGCAGUACAAAUGCGAAUUUCUGUUUGAACACUGGGGUUUAUCACAGAGAUUGGCUGAUGAAAGAAUGUGGCUCGUGCCUUUGCUGAAAUGAGAGUAUUUGUUGCCAUGAAAUAUGCAAGAUUUUGUACAAAGACCGACUAGAGACAAACUUAAUGAUGUUUAAAUCUAAAUCAACAUUAUUCGUGUCGCUAAUUAAUUCCUCCUCAUGAAACUUUGAUGGAGAGCAGGGUAUCAGAUGUUCACUGUUCUGCAUUCUUGGAUAGAGCGCAGUGCAAUGAAUAAACAUCAAAACAACCCACUGCUCAAACUGCCUGCACGUUCCAAUUCCCCCCAUCCCUUAUGAAGUGCAAAAUUUGCACAAGAUCAAGGAGAGGCCAUGAUAGCAAUGGUGGGGCGGUGGAGGCGAGUGAGUGGGUGCAGAUUGACAGACAUCCUAUCCUAAUCUCCUUGGCCCUUCUUAAGACGGCAGUAAACUGUAACAAACCCUAGUAGGACCGUGCAAGUUUUAGGCAUAUUAUGCGCUAAUCCUAAUAAUAACCGCAAAGAUGGUUAUUUAUUCUGGCGUUAACCUUCUCCAAUGAGCCAUGCCUCAGGCAAAAUGCACCCAAGUGGGCUCAGGCCUACUGGAAAGUCCCACCUUUUUUUGAUCGCAUGGCCUUAAUUGCUGAUUGUGGAGGCAAUCAAUCACGACUCCAGGCUGUGAUGGGCCCCUUGGUUUGCUUGGGUGUUUUUCUGCAUCUUUGUAAUCGCUUUGCUGAAGUUUUUUCGACAAAGAGAAUGUGCAGCUGGGAAUAUGCAGGCCUGAGCUGUCCUCAUAUGGCUUUAGCUCAUGUUUAUCAAUGGCCAAAUAGGGCUGUGAUUUCUGACUAAUUUUGAUAUUUGCAAAAAUGAUAAUUUAUCAAAAUGCACAGAAAUGGUAAACUGGUGCAAAAACAAAAUUUAGCAAUUCAUGGAGGUGUGCAUUUAAAAACAUGCCUUAUUAUUCAGAAGUGGACAACAGAAAUAUUGUGAUUGAGUAACAGAGGCUGCCCUUUCAGAAGAGCUAAUAAGCUAAUGCGGCCGCAGUGGACAAUAAUGUCUCGUCAUCUCUUACACAGUUUCUCCUCCGCAGUGGAUGAUGUGCCAUGUUAGUAUCGAGGUAGCACUGAAAACAAAAAUCUUGUUUUUGUUUGUUUGAAGGUACCAAACCAAACUAACUUUUCCUUGCCUUUUACAAUGAGAGUUUCAUGUAGUAUGUAAAUUUUGUCAAAGUAUGUAAAUAUUGUCAAAUGCACCCUUCACUCCUCAGUCCAUACAGUCCUUUUAUGGAAACUAAGCUGCAAAAACAGUCCAUUUGUGAUUGUUUGUGAUGUUAUGAAAAGCGGCAUAUUUACAUAGCCACCUAUUCAGUUUACAACAGUUAAGCAGCGUCCUUUUGCACUGAAGUUAUACGAAGUGUUUCAGCCCAGACUGCUUUUAAACAAGGCACAAUGCAAGGCACUCAAUCAGAACAGAGACUAUUUACAUAUGAGUCUUAAAGGCACAAUAACAAAAGCAGUGUUUAAUUCUGUAAAGCAAUAAAGAAAUGCUGGAAACAGUCAUGAAAAAAUUAUUUAUGGCUUUUUCAUGUAACCACACAAAUGUUAUAAGUACACCUCGGGUGAAAAAAUAAAAAUGUUGGAAAUGGGCCCUUUAAAUGUUUUUGGUUCUAGCUAAUGUCAGCUGGAGUAGUUAGCCUUGUUACAUCUGCACAAUUUCUACCAUUUGAAACAUGUCCUUAACAAUGGUCAUGGUUACGUUUUGUUGUAGCAAAAUGUAAGAUACCCAGUUUUAUACAUGAGCAAAAUUGUUGUACUUUACAGCUUAAUCAAACCUUAACAGCAGUUCACUGGAUUGUUGGCUUGUCUAUUUUCUGCUUUAUUUUCUGUGAUAUAACAAUGAAUACCCGAAUAGAGUAGCACCUGAAAUGGUUAACAGAAUUAACACCCCUAGGCAGAAUAUUCUAGUACACCUAGCAAUGUAGUCACACUGUAGGGCCCCUAGCAAUAUAAUCAGACUGUAUGACACCAGCAAAAUAAUUACAGUGUAGGACAACUAGCUAUAGUCAUAAUGUAGGAUAUCUAGCAGUGUAGUCACAGUGUAGGACACCUAGGAAUAUAGUCACACUGUAGGACACCUAGCAAUAUAGUCACAGAAUAGGAC